AUCCGCUCUCCUGUUGCUUUCAAAAUGUGUCUUUUUACUAUUUUAUUUCUAUGCAGCUGAAAUGCUGUCAUGCAAAAUAGAGCAAUGAAUUGUUUAUAGUAAAGCUUUAUGAAUGCUUUGCAGUAAAUAUAAUAGCCUACCUGAAAAUCCAAACAAGUGUCUUGAAGUGAUUGGUGGAAACCUCCAUGAGGACUGAAUUAUCCAUGGACGAGACACAGACAUUUACAAAUGGAGACUUUCAUCCAGAAAUCAGGCCCAUCUACCAAGAUAAAUCAGAACCCAGUUGUGUGUCCAUGAAGAGUGAGCGGUCAAUGGGAUGCCCUCCAAAAUUUAAUGGUGGAAUCUUUCCUCCUGGUUACAGGUCAGUCAACCGAGAAAGAUCAGAACCCAGCUGUGUGUCCAUGAAGAGUGAACGGUCAAUGGGAUGCCCUCCAAAAUUCAAUGACAAAGGAUGUCUUCCUGAUCACAGGUCAGUCAACCGAGAAAGAUCAGAACCCAGCUGUGUGUCCAUGAAGAGUGAACGGUCAAUGGGAUGCCCUCCAAAAUUCAAUGACAAAGGAUGUCUUCCUGAUCACAGAGUCCAGCAGGAGAAAUCAGACAGAGAAACUGGACAGAACAGCUGGAAAAGAAACCAGAGAAUCGACAUCAGAGAACAAGGCAAUGCAUCUCAAGUUGACAAUGCAGUUAAAAGAAAACUAAAAAUGAAGUUUCAGUGUUUAUAUGAGGGAACUGCAAAGCAAGGAAAUCCGACACUCCUGAAUGAGAUCUACACAGAGCUCUACAUCACAGAAGGUCAAAGUGAAGGCUGUAAUGAACAUGAAGUGAGACAGAUAGAAACACAAUCCAGGAGAGCAGCAACAGAGGACACACCAAUCAAAUGCAAUGACAUCUUUAGACCUUUACCUGGACAAGACAAAGCCAUAAGAACUGUGCUGACAAAGGGAGUUGCUGGCAUUGGAAAAACAGUCUCUGUGCAGAAGUUCAUCCUGGACUGGGCUGAAGGGAAAGAGAAUCAGGAGAUCCACCUCAUAUUUCCACUUCCUUUUAGAGAGCUCAAUUUGAUACAAUACCAAAAACUCAGCCUUUUAGACCUUUGCAUUUUUUUCACAGAAACAAAAGGAAUGGAAAUAUUCAGCAGUGGAUAUAAAGUGUUGUUCAUCUUUGAUGGUCUGGAUGAGUGUCGUCUGUCUCUGGAUUUUCAAGGUGAUGUGAGGUUGUGUGAUGUGACUGAAUCAGCCUCAGUGGACGUGCUGCUGACAAACCUCAUUGUGGGGAAUCUGCUUCCCUCUGCUCUCAUCUGGAUCACCUCCAGACCAGCAGCAGCUGAUCUCGUUCCCUCUGAGUGUGUCCAUCGAGUGACAGAGGUACGAGGCUUCAAUGAGCCACAGAAGGAGGAAUACUUCAGGAAGAGAAUCAGUGAUCAGAAUCUGGCCAAUACAAUCAUCUCACACCUGAAGUCAUCAAGGAGCCUCUACAUCAUGUGCCACAUCCCAGUGUUCUGCUGGAUCUCAGCCACUGUUCUAGAGAAGAUGUUGAAUCAAGCAGAGAGUGGAGAGAUUCCCAAGACUCUCACUCAAAUGUACACACACUUCCUGAUCAUGCAGACCAACAUCAAACAUGAAAAGGACUAUGAGAAGACAGUGAAAGAUGAAGACAUGAUUCUCAAACUGGGGAAGCUAGCUUUUCAGCAGCUUGUGAAGGGAAAUCUGAUCUUCUAUGAGGAAGACCUGAGAGAGUGUGGCAUUGAUGUGACAGAAGCGUCAGUGUACUCAGGAUUGUGCACUCAGAUCUUCAGAGAGGAGUUUGGCUUGUAUCAGGGGAAAGUCUACUGCUUUGUUCAUCUGAGCAUUCAGGAACAUCUUGCAGCUCUUUAUGGGCACCUGUCCUUCAUAAAUGACAACAUAGAUGUGUUUGAUCUGAAUAACAAAGAAAGGUUGUUGUCAAAAAUUUUAAACUUUAUGAAAUAUAAUUCAUCAAAACAGAUUUUGAUAUCAAAUUUUCAUCAGAAAGCUGUUGACAAGACAUUACAUAGUAAGAAUGGACAUUUGGACCUUUUUCUCCGUUUCCUUCUGGGCUUCUCACUGGAGUGCAAUCAGACUCUUUUACAAGGCCUUCUAACACAGACAGGAAACAGCUCGCAUAAUAAAGAGAAAACAGUUGAGUACAUCAAAAAGAAGAUUGAGAAGAAUCCUUCUCCAGAGAAAUUCCUUAAUCUGUUUCACUGUCUGAAUGAAUUAGGUGACUCUUCUCUAAUGGAGCAAAUUCAAAAUUAUGUGACAGCUGGAACAGUAAAUAAAGUGAAACUGUCCUCCACACAGUGGUCAGCUUUAAUAUUUGUGCUUUUGACAUCAGAGCAAGAGAUGAAUGUGUUUAAGCUCAAAGAUUUUGUUGGAUCACAAAUUAAAGCUGAUGAAGUUCUUCUAAAGCUGCUGCCUGUGGUUAAAGCAUACAGAUCAGCUCAGUUGAACAGUUGUGGUGUUACAGAUGAAUGUUGUGUUGCUCUGGCUUCAGUUUUGACAUCAAAUCCCUCACAACUGAGAGAACUAAAUGUAUCUGGGAAUAAACUGGGAAAUUCAGGAGUAAAGAUGUUCUCAUCUGGACUAGAGAAUCCUCACUGCAAACUGGAGAAACUGUGGUUGAGGUAUUGUGAAAUCACAGAUGAAGGUUGUGCUGCUCUGGCUUCAGCUCUGAGAUCAAACCCCUCACACCUGAGAGAACUGGAUCUGUCAUGGAAUAAACUAGGAGACUCAGGACUGAAGCAUCUCUGUGAAGGACUGAAGGAUCCUCAGUGUAAACUGGAGAAACUGAGUUUGAGCAGUUGUGAUGUCACAGAUGAAGGUUGUGUCGCUCUGGCAUCAGUUAUGAAACCAAACCCCUCACACCUGAGAGAACUGAAUCUCUCAUGGAAUAAACUAAGAGACCCGGGAAUAAAGUUGCUCUCUACUGGAUUGGAGAAUCCUCAGUGUCAACUGGAGAAAUUGUGGUUAAGUGAUUGCAGUGUCACAUAUCAUGGUUGUGCUGCUCUGGCUUCAGCUCUGAGAUCAAACCCCUCACACCUCAGAGAACUGGAUCUGACUAAAAAUCAACUGACAGACUCUGGAGUGAAGCUACUGUCUGCUAUAAGGAAUAAUGCUGAUUAUAAACUGGUGGCACUGCGGUUUUAGAUGGCAGUCAGUUAAUGGUGAAUAAGAAGCCACUUCAGAGAAUCCACAGUCAACAGAAAAUACUGGAGACUGUGAACCCAAUUUGUGUGAAUAGACUAAUUUCUUGAAAAGUUAAACACUAUUCUUGUGUUGAUCACUAGAUGCAAGCCUAUUAAACCUUUUCAACUGAUGAAUAGUGUCACUUUAGAAAAAAAAUGAGUGAUUUAUACACUCUUAAAUUCCAUAUUCCUUAUGGAAUUUUCAGUUGACACACAUGGGUGCUAGUGUAUGAAUUUGUGGGAGACAGUAAAGUUUCAUAAAUCCAAAUGAACCUUUUUGAAGCAUUUUUAUGUAUUAAUUUUUUAUAUAUUUUACAUACUGUACUAAAUUUACAGUAGAUAUAUUUUAUUUAGAUUACAUUAGUGUUAUAUUUAGGAAAAUAUGUAUUAAAUGUACAUUUGUUGCUCUUAAGAAAUCUAAUUAUUUGCAGUGUUUAUUAUUUUUAGUGAAUCUUUCAGUGUAGCCUAAUGAGUGGUUAUCAAUGUUUCUGUUUAUUUGAAGGCUUUUAUGAGCUAUAUGAAAGUCUGGAUUACUUUAAAGAUAAUUUUUUAAUAGAUAAUUCGACAUUAUUUUAAUGUGGUCAUUAUUUCGAGAAAUUAAGAAAGGACUGAAAACUAGUGAAAAGUAUUUUUUAAUUUAUGAAACUGGUUCAGGUAGGUUAUAGGCCUAUUGGUUAUUGUUUAUAUUUAUCGUCAUGUUUUACAUGGCACAUUGCUGUCUAAAUGACUAACAACUUAAAGUUUUAACGUAAAAUAAAAGCAUGUGUUGUACUGGA